CAGAGCGGAGGCGGCGGCUGCUGGCGGCCGUUUCCUGGUGGCCUGGCGGCGGCGCGGGAGGGAGGAUGCGGCGCAGGUCUCGGCUGCUGCUCUGCUUCGCCUUCCUCUGGGUGCUGGGCAUCGCCUACUACAUGUACUCGGGCGGCAGCGCCGCACUGGCCGGCGGCGGCGGAGGCGGCAGGAGGAAGGAGGACCCAAAUGAUAUUGAUCCCAAAAGGAAAGAAGUGCGUGGCAAUGAUGGGGAGGACAAGGCACAAAGCGUGGAGACACUACCUCCAGGAAAAGUUCGGUGGCAAGACUUUGAUCAGGAUGCCUAUGUUGGCGCUACCGUGGUGCGAUCCGGCCAGGAUCCGUACGCACGGAAUAAGUUCAAUCAGGUGGAAAGUGACAAACUGCGAAUGGACCGAAGCAUUCCUGACACUAGGCAUGAUCAGUGUCAACGGAAACAAUGGAGGAUAGACUUGCCAGCCACCAGUGUGGUGAUCACCUUUCAUAACGAGGCAAGAUCUGCUUUGCUUCGAACUGUGGUCAGUGUCCUUAAAAAAAGUCCAUCACAUCUUAUUAAGGAAAUCAUAUUGGUGGAUGACUACAGUAAUGAUCCUGAUGAUGGAGCUCUCUUGGGAAAAAUUGAAAAAGUACGGGUUCUUCGAAAUGAUCGCCGAGAAGGCCUCAUGCGCUCCCGUGUCAGAGGGGCAGAUGCAGCACAAGCCAAAGUGUUGACCUUUCUGGAUAGUCACUGUGAGUGCAAUGAACACUGGCUGGAACCACUUUUGGAAAGAGUAGCUGAGGACAAGACCAGAGUUGUGUCUCCUAUUAUUGAUGUAAUUAAUAUGGACAACUUCCAGUACGUGGGGGCGUCAGCUGAUUUAAAAGGCGGCUUUGACUGGAAUCUUGUUUUCAAGUGGGAUUACAUGACACCAGAGCAAAGAAGAGCACGACAAGGAAAUCCAGUUGCUCCCAUAAAGACACCCAUGAUAGCUGGUGGAUUAUUUGUGAUGGACAAAUCCUAUUUUGAAGAACUAGGGAAGUAUGACAUGAUGAUGGAUGUUUGGGGUGGAGAAAACCUAGAGAUCUCAUUCAGAGUUUGGCAAUGUGGUGGGAGCCUGGAAAUCAUCCCUUGCAGCAGAGUGGGUCAUGUAUUCCGCAAACAGCAUCCUUACACGUUUCCCGGUGGGAGUGGUACUGUGUUUGCAAGAAAUACACGCAGGGCAGCAGAAGUCUGGAUGGAUGAGUAUAAAAAUUUCUAUUACGCAGCAGUGCCUUCAGCCAGGAAUGUACCUUAUGGCAAUAUUCAAAGCCGAAUGGAGCUCAGAAAGAGACUUAGCUGCAAACCCUUUAAGUGGUAUCUUGAAAAUGUUUAUCCUGAGUUACGGGUACCUGAUCAUCAAGAUAUAGCCUUUGGUGCUUUGCAGCAGGGUACCAAUUGCCUUGACACUUUGGGCCAUUUUGCAGAUGGUGUUGUUGGAGUUUAUGAAUGUCAUAAUGCCGGGGGAAACCAGGAAUGGGCCUUAACAAAGGACAAGUCAGUGAAACACAUGGAUUUGUGCCUUACUGUUGUGGACAGAGCUCCUGGUUCACUAAUAAAACUUCAGGGCUGUAGGGAAAAUGACAGCAGACAGAAAUGGGAACAAAUUGAAAGCAAUUCUAAACUGAGGCACGUUGGCAGCAACCUCUGUCUAGACAGCCGAAAUGCCAAAAAUGGUGGUCUCACCGUUGAGAUCUGCAAUCCUUCUUUGUCACAGCAGUGGAAAUUCACACUUAAUCUUCAGCAGUAGAAGGACUUACAAGCAAAAUGCUGUUUCAACUGAAAAACAUUGGGCAAAGUUUUGAUUGAAUUACUGAUGUAUUUCUUAAAACUUUCCACGGAACUUAUAUACCUCAGUAUUCCACCUUUAUCUGAAAGUAGAGUGCUGAAGCAGACACCAGGGAUCCAGGGGACUCAGAGCACUGCAAAGAUGUCACUGAGCAUUGCUUCACAGGAAGAAGGAAUUGUGCUGCAGACUUCAUCUGUUCCUUUCUGUCUUCAGCUACUACUUGCACAGCAGAUAAUUAACUCUAGGAACAACUGACGUAUUAU